AUGCAGCCCCGGCUCGUCCUCGUUGCUGCCCUCCUGGCGCUCCUGGCCUCUGCCCGAGCCGCGGAGCAGGACGAGGCCUCCCUCCUGGAUUUCAUGAAUAACUACGUGCAGCAGGCGAGCGAGACCGCCCAAGUCGCCCUGACCAGCGUGCAGGACUUCCAGAUGGCCCAGCAGGCCAGGGCCUGGAUGACAGAAGGCAUCAGCUCCCUGAAGGACUACUGGAGCUCCCUCACGGGCAAGAUCUCCAGCUUCUGGGACCUGGCCCCGGAGGCCUCCGAGGCCCCCGAGGCCACCGCCGCUCCCGCCACCGUUUAA